ACCCGCUGCCCCGUGAGCUCACAUGGAGACUCCCGCACGAACUCGAACCACCUCCGCCUCGCCACUUCUUCCACUUUCCCAGUAGCCGCCCGCCGCCACCACCACCCUCUGCGGCACCCAAACCACGUGAGCACUUCCGGCCGCGCCGCUCGCCCCCAAACAGCGUUCCUCCUGCCGCAGCCGCCGCGCGCCUCCACGGCCCUCUCCCGACUCCGCAGCUCCCACCAAGCAUGAGGCAGCCCACCAGCGCGGGCGGCGACGCGGGGUUCGUGCGCGCGGACCAGAUCGACCUCAAGAGCCUGGACGAGCAGCUCGCGCGCCACCUCGGCCGCCCCGCGGAGCGGGGCGUCGGCGGCCCGGCCUCCGGGACGGGGAGCCGCCGCGGCGAGUCCGCGAGGCUGGGCCCCGAGGAGCUCACGCCGCUGCGGCGGUGCCGGGAGGACUGGGAGAUCGACCCCGCCAAGCUCGUCAUCAAGGGCGUCAUCGCGCGCGGCACCUUCGGCACCGUCCACCGCGGCGUCUACGAUGGCCAGGACGUCGCCGUAAAAUUGCUUGACUGGGGCGAGGAUGGUCAUAGGUCAGAACAGGAAAUUGCUGCACUCAGAGCAGCAUUUGCACAAGAGGUUGCUGUCUGGCACAAGCUUGAUCAUCCAAAUGUUACUAAGUUUAUUGGGGCUAUAAUGGGUGCAAGAGAUUUAAAUGUACAGACGGAAACUGGACAUCUUGGCAUGCCUAGUAAUAUUUGCUGUGUUGUUGUUGAGUACCUUCCUGGAGGUGCACUGAAAAAUUUUCUGAUAAAGAACAGGAGAAGGAAGCUUGCCUUUAAAGUUGUGGUCCAAAUAGCUCUUGACCUUGCCAGGGGAUUAUGCUACCUCCACUCUAAGAAGAUAGUGCAUCGUGAUGUCAAGACUGAAAAUAUGCUUCUGGACAAAACGAGAACUGUGAAAAUCGCUGAUUUUGGCGUUGCUCGAGUUGAGGCUUCAAAUCCUAGUGAUAUGACUGGCGAAACAGGGACACUUGGUUACAUGGCACCUGAGGUUCUCAAUGGUCAUCCUUACAACAGGAAGUGUGACGUUUACAGCUUUGGGAUCUGCCUGUGGGAGGUAUACUGCUGCGACAUGCCGUACCCCGACCUUAGCUUCUCAGAAGUCACUUCUGCUGUUGUUCGUCAGAACCUGAGGCCCGAGAUACCGCGCUGCUGCCCGAGCUCGCUAGCGAACGUGAUGAAGCGGUGCUGGGACGCGAACCCGGACAAGCGGCCCGAGAUGGCGGAGGUUGUGUCCAUGCUGGAGGCGAUCGACACGUCCAAGGGCGGCGGCAUGAUCCCGACGGACCAGACGCAGGGCUGCUUCUCCUGCUUCCGCCGGUACCGAGGCCCCUGACGCUGCUGCGACCCUGGUCGUGGUAACCUGGCGAAGUGACGGCUGUUGGUCGCUAGUAGAACUCGGUGUAAAAUCUAGUUGCAGAACAGGCUAUAAUAUAUAAAACGGAGAAGUUUCUCUCGGGUGUAAAUGAAUGGGCUGUUCGACGUCGUCCCUGUAUGUUUGCUGCGAGUUCUAAUGCCUGCUGCACGUUAAGGUCAGGCUUGGAGAGGAUCACUGUGGCCGAGGAAAUUUCGUGGCCGUGACGUGAAACAGGCUUAUGUACUCUUGGAUUCACCAUCUCUACUCUUUACAUACAUAAUGUUGAUAUAUAAUGAAUAACAUGGAA